AUGUCUUCGAUCAGCGGUGAGCCGAAUGCUGUCGCACAUUCAGAUGCACCGACCUCGUCGCUUGUUCGUAACGGGCCUGAACACCCCGGAUCGUCUGGCGACCUUUCCGCAGCACCAGAGACAGGAAUCAGCCAGGAAAACACGACCGAGACCGUCGAAGAAGGCGAGGUCUUCUACAGCCAAGAAGACGACCGACUCAACCGAUUCCAAGGUUCAUCGAGCACAUGGCGACACUUGACCCAAGAAGAGCGCGACCUCGCCGCUUCUCUCGACCAACAACAAUCCAAUAACCUAAGCAUCCACUUGUAUAAUGCUCACGCACUCAAAGCUCGAGCGCGCGACUCUGCGACAGCCGCCAACGCAAAGUCGACCAACAGCAAAAAGCGCCGGACCAAAGUUGAGGACGAUGGAAGCUCAACGUGGAGUCCUGAUACAGCAUGGACUGCUUGGCCGCUGGGUCCGAGGGAUGUUCCUCGUAGCGGAGAAAGCUUUGGCGUUCCAAUCCUAAGCGCGGGGGAAGACGACUCUACCUACCGAAUGCUGGAGCCCUGGAAGCCGAGUGCGGAGCUGGAGGAAGAAGUCAAAGCCUUGAUGUUGAGGAGAGCGAAGGACUUGUACCGGCAGCGUAUGCAAGCUUUCGCUUCCGACGAGCCAACUGCAUUGGUCGACGAGGAUGAAGCCGAUGCCAUCCUGCAACCAGCGGUCCGCCACAUUCUUUCUCAACUGGACGAGCUGCUCACUGCUCUGCGGACAACCCGACGAGGUCACGGUAGUAGAUCACAGUCCAGAUCGCAAAGUCGGCGACGUUCGUCUAGGCUGAAACGGGCAUCUCAACACUCGGGAGAGGAAGACGACAAUGACAACGAGACCAACGACAAAUCCAACGGCGAUCAAUCCGAAGGAGCCCAGGAUCUUAAACACCAGCCGAAGCGACGACGGCGACUCAAUACUCGCGACUGGAGCGAAGUGCUCAAUCUAGCUCCACUCACUGGAUUUGACGCGGCUGUAGUGGAACGAGCAAAGUCACGAUGUGCUUCCCUAUUCGCCAAGGACGGUGCUCUUUCUACUGUUCCAACUGCGACGCAUGACGAUUCUUUGACGAACACAAAGCUACACGAGACUCGCAUGAACUUCUGGAACUGCCCCUUUCCUGACUGCGCACGAAGCCUCAGCCCCUACGAUACGGCUUGGAGGUGGCGAGAGCACCUGAAAAGAACCCAUAAAUAUAGCAAGGACGCCAUCGCCGAGGCGGAACGAAAGCUCAAUGGUGAAGAGCUAAUCGCUGACAGAGAAGCUCCAUGA